UCUGUGCCCUUCCGUUCCUCGGUUCUGUCUGGGGCAUGCCGAAGUCGGAAGCACCCGCUUUUCCCGGUUCGAUGUCUCGGCUGUGUCUCGGCACAGGUCUCGGCAUUAGAAGCCGCGUUCUUGUUUUGUUACUUUUCCCCGUUCGCAAAUUGGGUUUCGUUUGAGCAUCCACCUCACUUGAACACCACCGCUCUCACCCGCCCACAAUCAUGACACAGUCCAAGGCGAAGCCGUCCGCUCCCCAGGGGAUAAAGAUAAGAACAAACUACGUGCCCAAAGUCAAAUCCAACCGUGGCAAGCCCCCAUCCCAAAUAUGCCCUCGCUGCAAUCAACCCGUCCCUGUGUCCGAAAUGGGCGAGCACGUGCGCAUCGAGCUCCUUGACCCGCGCUGGAAAGAGCAAAAAGACAAAGCCCGCGAACGCAACCUGGGUUCCAAUCUCGACUCCAACCUCGUCUCGACCAACCUUAAGCUGCUCGCCAAGACCCGGCCGGACAUUUUCGUUGGCGGGGAUGAGUUGGAGGUUGAGAAGACGCUGAAGGAGCAGGAGAAGGGGAAGGUUAUUUGGGAUGGGCAUACGGCGAGUAUUGGAACUGUGACGCAGAAGCUGGGCCAGUCGGGGAAUAGGGAGGAGCAGUUGGCGGAGUUGCGGAGGGAUGCGGAGGAAGCGGAGGCGAGGAGGACAGCUAUUGGGCCGAAGGUUCCGAACCAAGCAUCGCAACAACGCCCAGCAGGUCUUCCUCCAGUCCCACCAGCUCCAUCCAUGCAGCACGCGCCACAACCACCUUUCCAAGGGUACCAUCAACCUCCGGCCGGUGCAUAUCCACCACAACAAUCCGGGUAUGCACCUGAAGACUCUUACGCAGACCCUUACUAUGGCGGUGGAGGCGGGGGCUAUGGUGGAGGAAAUUACGACCCAUAUGCUGGACAGUAUGGGCACAAACAGGAUUGGCAAGGGGGUUAUGCGGCGUAUCCGCCGGCGAAUGCUUAUCCGGGAUAUCCUCCGGCUGGCGGACCGCCGCCCCUUCAGCAUACUGGGAUGAAACGGCCUGGGUCCCCUGAUGGUGGGAACGCCGCGAAGCGUCAUAAGUAAGUCAUUAAAUGUGGGGGUAUUAUAAGGGCACGGGAGAGGCCUGCUGUUUGUUCAAAUGGGAUCUUGGAAGGACGUAUAAGGGAGGAUGGCAUUGUGAACCCCUUCACAGCGCGGUCGCCUUCAAGGUGAUCCAUAAAUCUUCGCUCCUUCCCCUGUCUCGCUGUCUCCGUUUUGUUGUAGAAGCCCCGUCUGUUUUUUUCGAAGUGUUGUCACAUA